CAUCAUUUGACGAUAAGUCGAGCACUGUAGUGGAUAUCAGAGCAUUUUGUUUCUGUGGUUAUGGAUUUGUGGCCUUGCAAUGAAACUCUGCCCUGGCUUGCUUCAGAAGUCGUGCAAAGCAGUGGGUUUGCGUUUGUAUCCGUUGUAAACACUGUGAUCGCUGCACAUUGUGCUCUAACAACUCCUAAGCAAUGGCCAACUGACCGAUCCGAAGAAGUAUUAGCAAAUCCAACAUUUGAUUUUAUCAUAGUUGGGGCUGGUUCGGCGGGUUCUGUUAUAGCCAAUAGACUAUCCGAAAACCCAGACUGGAGAAUACUUUUAGUAGAAGCAGGCGAUGACCCCACUUUGGAUACCGAGCUAAUUGGUGCCUUCUUUAACAUAUUUCACUCGAAAAAUGAUUGGAAAUAUAGAACAGAGCCAUCACAAAGUUAUUGCCUUAGUUCCCAGAAUAACCAGUGUUACUGGCCAAGAGGGAAGGCUUUGGGAGGAAGCAGCAGCAUUAAUGCCAUGUUUUAUGUUCGUGGGCACAGAGAAGACUUUAACCAAUGGAGAGACAUGGGGAAUGAUGGCUGGAGCUAUGAAGAUGUAUUGCCACUGUUCAAGAAAAGUCAGGCGUUGCACGACGACGAUAUAUCAGUUGAAGAAAAAGACAAAUUUCAUAAUGAAGAUGGACUUCUUAACAUAGCAAGACAUUCAGGAUCACAUGCUUUUAGUGAUGUAAUUUUAAACGCAUAUAAUGAAAUGGGAGUACCGACUGUGUAUGAUCUGUCUGGAAAGGAUACUGUCGGGGCUUUGAAGACAUUAGCUACUGUGUAUAAAGGACGCCGUCAGAGUACAGCGCGCGCAUUCCUGACACCAGCCAAAGAAAGAAAUAAUUUGUACGUAAUGAAGAACACAUUGGUUUCUAAAAUAAUUUUCAACUCAGAUACUAACGAUGCUAUAGGAAUUGAAAUUCAACAAGAGGGAGAAAGAUAUAAUAUUUUUACGCAAAGAGAAAUUAUAAUAUCGGCUGGUUCGAUUAAUACACCUCAGUUGUUAAUGUUAUCUGGAAUAGGUCCGAAAGAACAUUUAGAGGAAUUAGGAAUACCAGUAGUUCAAAACUUGCCAGUCGGAUUUCAUUUACAGGACCAUUUAGUUGUCUCCAACUUCAUUACCAUCAAAACAGAUAUGCCUCAAGUUGGCAAAGAUGAAUUCAGCAUUUGGAUGACUGAGUACUUAACCAAACAAACUGGAUUCUACUCCAAUCUUGGACCAACGGAAGUAAUUUCUUAUGUAAAUAUUUUUGAUUUAAAUGACACGCUGCCCAAUAUCCAAUUUCAUCACCUCGUUCUUCCACCCAAACUUUACGAGGUUUUUGAUAUAUUUAAAAUUCAUGAAUUCGAUGAGUCCACGUUAAAUAUAAUCAAUAAAUUAAACGAAGACCAUCCCGUGCUUAUGCUUUGGUCUGUAUUGCUAAAGCCAAACUCAGUCGGAAUGCUAAAACUACGAAGUGCUGAUCCUCAAGAUAAACCAUUAAUAUACGCAAAUUAUUUCGGCGACCCAUAUGACAUGCAAACCAUUGUGGCAAGCAUGAAAUUUGUGUCAGAGAUAGCAGAAACACCGACAUUGCAGACUUUGAAUGCAUCCCUUGCCUACGUGCCUUUGCCCGGUUGCGAAGAUUUUGCCUUCAAGAGUACAGAAUACUUCGAUUGUCUCGCGCGGCACUUGACUACAACGUUGUACCAUCCUGUUGGAACAGUGAAAAUGGGCCCAUAUGAGGACGCCACAUCAGUCGUCAGUCCUGAGUUAAGAGUCCAUGGAACUCAGAAUCUCAGAGUGGCGGAUGCUAGUAUAAUGCCGCGAAUCGUUAGAGCAAAUACAAAUGCUGCUACAAUCAUGAUUGGCGAAAAAUGUUCCGAUAUGAUAAAGCAGUUUUGGAAUUUUAAGUAAAUUACCCAUACCUUUGUACCUUGGUAAAUAUUACAAUUUCAAAUUCAAAUUAAUUUUAUGUAAGAGU